AUGCUGCUUCAAGAGUUGAUAAAUAAAUUCCAGUAUCAAGAAACCCUAAAAUCUGAUCCACAGACAAAGUCACUAGUCUUGCUUGGAACAAUUGACAAUGAGAGUGCCAUAGUGCUGCUCGAGAAAUCUGCUUUCAGUCUCGAUUCAGAUGCCGACGUUUCCCUAGAGAAGAUCAUUCAAGACUUGAAGCUCAUACAGAACAAUGACAUCUACUUCUGGUCACUGGCUACCCUAACGCAGAGCAUUGAUCAGACUCCAGCUGCCAAAGUGAACUUGAUAUACCCAGCUACAGAGACCCAUAUCAAGAAGUACUCUCUGCAAAAACUACAUGUUGUCAGAGAGACCACAGAGAUCUACAAAGAGGUAGUCGCUCCAUUCAUAGAAACCCAGAAGGGCGACAGAAUUCAAUGGGUUCACAACAUCCUAUUUCACGGUAAAGAAUCUGAGAGUGUCUUAUACCACGAUAAAGACCCGCAAAAUGGUUUUGUUCUCCUCCCUGACAUGAAGUGGGACAAAAUAAGCAUGGAUGCUCUUUACUUAAUGGCAAUUGUACAGAGAACAGACAUCUCGAGCGUUCGUGACCUCAAUUCGUCACACAUAGACUUCUUGAAGUCCUUACAGGAGAGGGUCAAGAAAUUAGCGAACGAAACGUACGGGGUUGCCGAGGAUGAAUUACGAGUCUUCAUACAUUAUCAGCCUUCGUACUACCACUUUCAUAUCCAUGUCGUGAGAGUCACCCAUCCAGGCUUGGGUGAUGGUAUAAACGCCGGAAGAGCCAUUUUGUUAGAUGAUGUUAUCGAAAACAUUCAGCUUGUAUCCGACUAUUACCAGCAACGUACACUCACUUACGUUUUGGGGGAGAAUCACAAGCUUUGGGAUGCAUUGCUGAAGCGUAAUGUUACAUAA